AUGUCCUUACCAAGAGGGCUGCGAUGGCGGUCACACCCAUUGUUCAUCGUCUUCACUGUGGGCAUGGGCGCCUUCGUGGAUCUGUUCCUGUAUGGACUGAUUGUACCGGUACUUCCAUUUCUGCUCAAGGACCGUAUCGAUCUUCCAGAUUCGCAGAUUCAAAGCACGAUAUCAAACCUUCUGGCAGUCUAUGCGGCCGCUUCUUGUGCAGCGUCUCCCAUUGCUGGUAUCCUAGCCGACAAAUGGUCCUCGUCUCGACAGCUGCCGUUUCUCCUAGGGCUUAUACUGCUUCUCCUUUCGACUAUCCUUCUUGCUCUCGGACGUAGCGUUGCUGUUCUAGCCAUUGCGCGGUUCCUGCAGGGAGCGUCGGGCGGCGUGGUGUGGACUAUCGGUAUUGCUCUCGUGAUCGAGACCGUUGGGAACGAGAAUCUAGGCAAGACUAUGGGCACGAUUUUUAGCUUCAUCUCAGUCGCUGGACUGUUCUCGCCCAUGGUUGGAGGACUUCUAUAUGCCAGGACUGGAUACAAAGGCGUCUUUGGCGUUGGCGUAGGCUUGAUUGGUGUCGACUUUAUUUUGAGAGUGCUCGUCGUGGAGAAGAAGGUGGCUGCAAAGUAUGGUCCUGAUUCGCAUGCAUCGGAACCAGACGGGAAUGACCACGAAGAUUCAGAAGAGACACCUCUCCUACCAAACAGCCACUCUACGAUUGAUCGUUAUCGCCUGCCCAAGCCUACGAAUCGCUUCACACGCAACUUCCCCAUCCUCAUGCUGUUCCGCGAUGCGGGCCUUCUGACUGCUAUCUGGAUCGGCUUCAUGCAAGCUCUUCUGCUUGGGUCUUUCGAUGCCACCGUGCCACUGGUAGCUUCAGAGCAGUUUGGCUUCGACAGCUUGAAAGCUGGACUGCUCUUUCUACCGCUUGGCGGUGCGGAUUUCUUACUGGGCCCAGUCUUUGGGUGGUGUGUCGACCGCUAUGGUACGAAGCCAGCAGCUGUCCUUGGGUUCUCCUGGUUGAUACCGGCGCUCGCACUACUCCGGCUUCCGACUGAAUCAGGUAUAAUUCAGAGGCUAGACAAUGGACACCUCAUCGCACUCUACGCGGGACUACUAGCGAUGAGUGGAGUUGGUCUGGCAGCAAUCAACAGCCCCAGUUUCGUUGAAGCUGGCAAUCUUGUCGAGAAGUAUUAUAAGGCGAACGAAGACAUGUUCGACCAAGCUCCGUACGCACAACUUUACGGCAUCAACAGCAUGGUGUGGAGCGGUGGACUGACUGUGGGCCCAUUACUGGCGGGGAAACUAAGAGAGACGAUUGGGUACGGAAAUAUGAACGCGGUGCUUGCUGGUAUUUGUGGAUGCACAGUGGUUCUGGCGGCACUUUUCAUUGGCGGCAGAAGAAAAGAUUAG